UAUAAGGAUCGUCAUCGGCAGACGCACAGCUGCUGUGCUGCUCCGAUUCCGUCUGAAGACUCAGGCGAGUGGGUUUCUGCCAGAGUAACCGCACUUCCUCUUGUGUGUUGCAAACAGGAAGUCAGGCAGGAAGUGACUUGAGAUGAUCUCUGUGAGGGUGUGAGAGUGUAUUGAUACAGGGUGUGUCUCUGCUGGAGUUAGUGUUUGGAUUCUUCAUGUGAUACAGCUGGCAUGUCAAAGAGCAUGAAAAGCCUUGAACUUCCACCUGGGCAUAUGACCCAGGCUGUGUCGGAUGGAGAGCUGAACAUGUCCAAGUUGUCAGGCAGAGGCAGCAGCCACAGCCUCGGCACCUCGGCAGUCCAGAGCAGUGACGGUGCUGCCAGCCAAGUGGUCAGCUGGGCCGUGGGCUUUGAGAAGCUCCUGGAGGACCCGACGGGGGUUCAGUACUUCACGGCUUUUCUGAAGUCCGAAGUGAGUGCAGAGAACAUCCUGUUUUGGCAAGCCUGCGAGAAGUUCCGGCUCAUCCCACAGAGCCAGGAGGAUGAGCUGAAGAAGGAAGCCCGUUUGAUCUACGACACCUAUCUCACAGACACUUCCUUUCAUGCCGUCAACAUCGAUGACACGGCCCGCGUAGACGAGGGUGACCUGGAACGCCCAACAACGGCCAUGUUUCAGAAAGCCCAAGACCAGAUCUUUAAGCUGAUGAAGAUGGACAGCUACGCACGCUUCGUCCGCUCGCCACUCUACCAGGGCUGCAUGCUGGCCUGCGUUGAGGGGAGAGCGCUGCCCUCAUUGGGCAACGGCAAGGGAUCCCGAGAGUGCAUCACGCCAACCAGCAACAGGACGAAGGAAUUGGACAUGCGACUGACCUCCUCGGACAGUAAGGCCAACAGGAGGAAGAGGCUGGAGAAAAGAGGAUCAUGGGGAGCAGAUGUAACCUUCCAACGUGUUGCCCUAAACCGGAACGAGUCCCAGAUCUCGGUGAAGUCGACCAGUAGUGUAGAGCUGGGUUACAUGCACUGUAGAUCUGAGAAUGGGCGAGCCAGUUUGUGGGAUGCGGACCUGAUCGCGAGUGGUGGCUCCCGUGCGGGGCGGCCAGAGAAGUACUGCUACGUCCACCUCCCAGAUGGCACGGGGAGCCUGGUGCCCACCAAACCAGGGUACCCACUACGGGAUAUGCUGGGCGGACUCUGUGACAAACGGGGUUUCCCUCUCAAAGAUGUAAUCAUCUACCUGCACGGCAAGGACAAGCAACCCUUGUCACUGGAACAGGACAGCUUGGUGCUGAGCGAUCAGCAGGUGUCUCUGGAAGUCCGGGUGACGCUUGCGGUAGAGGUGAAGUCCACUGGUAAAACUGUGGGUAUCGUUGUCAAGUCCAGCAAGACCUUGCGGGAUGCUCUUGCUACCCUGUUACAAAAGCAUGAUAUACCCCCCCAGGAUGCCCUCGUCACCAUGAGUGGAUCACAGAAGCCACUGAAGCUAAACAUGAGUGUCUUCCGCCUGGCCAACAAGACGAUAUGUCUGGACCGAGUCAAAGGGAGCGUUGAAGGCCAGAGGGCUGCGCAGGCUACAGCUCCGAAAGGCUCCCCGAGGACCAGGAAGCCCUACGACAUGGACGGUCUGCUGGAGCUGCUGUCCCGUGCCCAGAGCAGCCGUGUGGAGGACCAGCGGGGCCUGCUGAGGGCCGAGCAUCUGGAGCUGCCUCAGUUCCUGCAGCUCUCUGAGGAGGAGCAGGGGGCCCAAGUAAAUGGACCAGGGGGCCAGGGGGAGGGGGAGGACGGUAAGGCGCCCAGUGAGAAUGCAGUUUAGCUCACUGCUGACCCUUCAGGGUCAUCUGAGUCUCAAGAAGUG